AUGGACCCCAACUCACUAGCCCCGGCCUUGUACAUCACGGGACUGGGAUCGCAAUAUCCUCCCUAUCUGCUGGGGCCCGAUGAUCUUGAGAAAUUUGUAGCGCGCUUUCACGAUGUGAGCCGUCCAGGAAUCAAAAAGCUGCUUCAGGUCAACCGCUCAACGGGCAUCGAGACCAGAUCUGCAAUCCGACCGUAUGAGGUAGGAUUUGCAACGCAGAAGAACCCACCCUCAAUCAGUGAAAUUGACCAGUUCUUCCGUCAAGCCGGGGUCGACCUUGCCGUUGAAGCGUGUAAGAAGGCUCUCAGAGAGGCACGCGUCACUCCCCAGCAGAUCACCCAUACGAUCGGGGUUACCUGUACCAACCAAGGUAACCCGGGGUACGACUUUCUAGUAGCCCAAAAACUGAGCCUCCCGUCCAAUGUCGACCGCAUGCUUCUUCAUGGCGUCGGGUGUGCGGGUGGGCUGUCCAUAUUGCGGGCCGCAGCGCAGAUAUCCGGUGGGGCAAGUUUUCGACGGAAACCGGCCCGCAUUUUGGCAUUCGCUUGUGAGCUGUGUACGCCUAAUGUGCGACGAUAUCUCUCUUUGGCAACAAUAAGUCCAGAUUCUGAUCAAGUCAACAUUGCAGCGGCCUUGUUCUCAGAUGCUGCGGCCGCGUUUGUUCUUUGUAACGACGCCGAUCACGCAGAGGAACGAGAGCCUUUCAUAGUGGACCAGGAAGUUUUCGAGCAAGAGCCGCUUACAGCAUGGAUUAUUCGGAAAUUACUCAAAACAUGGAGCGACACACGUGAUUUCAUCCGUUCAGAGCAGGGGGUGGGAAUCUUCAAAUGCGGCCUCGCAUAUCUCCUCGCCUCUCUAGCAGUCUUCACACCCAUCAUUGGAAAUACCUUAGGUCACCAAAAUGGUAAGCACAUGGUGGCCACGAUCACAGUUUACUUUCAUCCAGCGAGAUCGCAAGGCAGCAUGUACAAAGCACUGAUAUGUGCCUUGGUCGCUUUUAUCUUUGCUGCGGUCCUCUCGCUAUCGAGCAUGUGGAUUACCAUUCUCUUUCACGAGAAGUACAAUAUGAUUGAAUUGGGUCAUGUGGUCGUCUUGGUAGUCUUUGUGGCUGGUGGGUUUGGAUGCAUUGGCUGGUUUAAGCAGAAAAUGGAUGAUCCCCUAGUCAAUAUUGCCUGCUCUUUGGCUUCGCUGGCUUCGAUUCUUGUCAUUAUGAGGGAAGGUGCGGUGCAAAAAGGUGCUCUUUCUUUCGACAAGAUAUCUCAGGUCCUAAGAAUGGUUAUUUUGGGUGUCGGGAUAGCGGCGGCUGUAUCGCUCUCGAUAUUACCUUCUUCUGCGCGCAAGAAAUUCCGAGGAAAUCUGUCAACGUUGACAAAAACCACGAUGUCAAUGCUGAUAACGACCACUGAAUCCUUUAUUAGCGGGUCCACCCAGGUGCUACAGGAAGCACCGUUUGCUAAGCUGUCGGCGCGGCACGACAAAGCAUUUGGCGAAAUGAAAAAUCGGCUCAACGAGUCGAAGUUUGAGCACUAUGUCGCGGGUACAGAGAGAGAGUAUUCUGUUGCAAAACGCCUCGUGAAUCUCAUGCAGGAAAUCACACGUCGUCUAGGGGCUCUACGCGGCGCGGUAGCUUUGGAGUCUAGAUUAUUGAGAAGAGAUAUUCGUUUGAACCAUUCAGAGGCCAAAGUUUUCGAAAACUUCAAAUCCCGACUUGAAGCUUCUAUGAAUCUUCUAGUUUCUACUCUGAGAAUCAUCUUCCAAGAACUGUCCUUUGGGCCUGCUCCCGAUUACAAGAUCUUCGUGGAUAGCGGAGCUCGCCCUCGUAUCGACGAAGCAAUCAAGACUUAUCGAGGCGAUAGAAUUGCCACCUUGCAUUCGCUAUCAAGCAAAGAAAUAAUGACCUCUCUGAGUGAGGAAAAUAAUGCCUGCUUUGAAGAGAUAUUCGCUAGCUGUAAUUACUAUUCGGUAUCUCUUCUUCAACUCGCUGAACAAAUGCAGUAUUUCCUAUUAGCUUUGGAGGAGAUGCAAGCCGAGAAUGAUGAAAGACCGAACAAUAGGUCAUGGGCUUGGAUUUGGGUUUCGUGGUGGCAAGCUGACCACAGGCACCAAAGGCCACAGUCAGCUGAAACGUCGACGGCAACCCAUCCUCACGGCGAAUCGAAUGACACCAUCUUGACAGGCGUGAUGCAUUCCGAGCACUUUGGGCUUCAACAUCCAGAACAACCUUUGUAUAGCAGAACUCAUUCUUACGGUUGGAGAUACCUUGGUUUCUUUCGUGCGGACGAGGUCAAGUUCGCCCUCAAAGUAGGAACAGGAGCAGUGAUCUAUGCCUUACCCGCUUUUAUAUCCUGGAUGAGACCCUAUUAUCUAUUUUGGAGAGGAGAAUGGGGCCUUCUAUCAUAUAUGUUGGUAUGCUCAAUGACUAUUGGUGCAUCGAACACUACGGGCUUUGCUCGAUUUAUCGGUACAUGUCUUGGGGCCCUGUGUUCGAUAGCUGCAUGGUACCUUGUCGGUGAACGUGCUAUCGGUCUCGCAAUCCUGGGCUUUUUCAUGGCCCUUGGUCCCUUUUACAUGAUUAUUGUGAAGGGCCAGGGCCCCAUGGGCCGUUUUAUCCUACUGACCUACAACCUCUCUGUGCUGUAUGCGUACUCUUACUCACAAACCGACAGCGACGAGCAAGAUCGCAGCGGAGAGCAUCUCAAUAUCACCGAAAUCGUCCUUCACAGAGUCAUCUCCGUCACCUCGGGCUGUAUCUGGGGCAUCAUCAUCACACGAGGCAUCUGGCCAAUUCGCGCAUGGACAAAGCUAAACAAUACCCUGCAUCAACUAUGGCUCCGGCUGCAGUUCGUUUGGGAAUCGGACCCUUUGAGCACCAUCGCCAUAGCAAGCACACCCGCUUGCUUCAUGAACUCCCAGGACAAGCUCGAGAUUGAGCGCCUCUUUUCCCAACUUGAGCGUCUUCGGACAUCGGCGCGUUCCGAAUUCGAGUUCAAACGGCCCUUUCCAGAUGCCGCAUACGGUAAUAUCAUCCGCCUGACCAGGCGUAUUGUAGACAACCUGUAUUCUUUGGAUCUCAUUCUAGUCAACGCUCCGGGGCUGUCGGAAGGCCAAUGUUCUCUUCUCAUGUAUACCGCUGUUGUCAGGCAGCGGCUUUCCACUUAUAUAUGCCAUCUGCUAGCUGUCAUCGCAUCGUCAGUGGAGCGGGAGAGGGCCUGUAGAGGUGCUCUUACAAACAUAGAGUCUAUAGAAGAUGAGCUUCUGCGACAAAUUUAUCACUUCCGCCAAGAACGAAUCCUGUCUCAUUCGACUGAUGAUGUUGAAUAUGUGCUACUCCACUCUUUCAUCCUGGUCACCCACCAAUUGUCAAAUGAUAUCCUCAAGAUCACGGUGGAACUGGAUCGCAUUUACCUCGCCUCGGAUGAUGAAGGUUUCAACCAUGUAUGA